UAUUUCUGAUUCUCAAUUAAGAAAAAAUGAAGCACUUCCAAAAUCUCUUUUAAGAGAACCUUUAGCUAAAAAUGUAUCUCAACAAACUAAUCCCUUCAAGCCACAUUUUGUAUCCUAUUUCUCAACUUUGGAACAGACCAAACACUAA